GGCAGUGCUGUUCUGACCUGUCUACAUUGGUGCAUCACUCGAGCUGAUCUAGAAGUAUUAGAGCAGGUCUGGCAUCAGUCUGGCUGAUCUAGAAAUACUACAGCAGGUCUGGAAAGUGAAUUAGGACUAGAAGUGUCACAGAACAACUCCAACACUGAUACGUAAAAGCAUGUGGACAAAGCACUGAUAGCAGGAGCAGUUCCAAAAGAUCUGGGAAGACCCAGCUUUUUUGCUGUGGAGGCACCUCUCAUAUGAAAACAUUUAUUCUUGCAUCAGGAGAAGAUAUGAGCCCAAAGUUUUCCAAAGCACACUAAAAUAUAUCGGAGGAAAAUGAGUAUUCAAAUAGGUAGUAGCAGCAAAGUUAGAUCAAGAAGCAUUUCUGAUUCUCUGUCCCUUGAAGAGGAUGUCAGAGGUAGUGUUUUUGUCAAAGAUAUCAAAGGAACGGAUCCAGAUGUGAAAAAUCUUGGUGUGAAACGAGGUGAUGAGCUAGCAGGAGCAACCAUCUCAUUUGAACAUUUGAAUAAGGAUGAUAUUCUAAGUAUAAUAAAAUUUACUGAAUCCCACAAUGCAGAGCUAAAACUUCACUCAAAGAAUGAACUCAAAUCUCCUGAUGUUAAGAUAGCUUGGCCUGAUUUCAACCUUAGAUCCCAAGAUUCUACUUCAGGUACAGCUGCAUAUGAGAAAAUUUUUAACAGCAAGAUACGUCCACGUCUUAGAUCAGCAAAAUCAACUGAGGAUCUCUCAGAAUCAGGUACAUUAAAUCGUCAUAUGAAAGCCAAAUUAUUUGGCUCUAAUGACAACCUUCUGGAGGGUGACUUUAAAGGCACUGCUAUAAAAGGCACAUCAGGAAGAUAUAACAUUUCUUCUCCAGAUGCAGAUAUAAAUCUGAAGUCUCCCAAUUUCAGGAGUGAUGGUAAUAUUAUCACACCAAAACCACAUGGAGAUAUAAAUGGACUGGAUAUUAAAGGACCACAACUUGAUGUUUCCACACCUGAUAUCAUACUUGACAAACCAAAAGGCACCUUAAAGUUUCCAGAAAUAAAAGGGCCAAAUAUCAAAUUAUCUUCAUCUGUAGGACAAAAUGAUUCUUCACCAGAUGUUGAUUUUAAUCUCAAGACCCCUGACAUGAAAACUGAUGUGGGCAUUUCAAAUCCAAAGAUACAAGGAGAGGUUAAAGGGCUAAAUAUCAGGCCAGACUUAGAUUUGAAAGGUAAAACAAAAACAUCAGACUUGGAUAUUUCAAUACCUAAAGUACAUGGGGACAUAAAACAUCCGGAUGUAAGUGGAAAGAUGCCGCAGGCUAACAUCAAAGGUCCAGAUAUCAAAAUUCCAGCACUUAAUACUUCGGAUGUUGAUAUAAAUCACAAAUUUCCAAACAUCAAGGGUGACACUGGCAUUUCUGUACCAAAGUUACAGGGUGAAAUUAAUGGAACAAAUAUUAAGGAACCACAACUUGAUAUUAGAACACCUGAUCUUAACAUUGACAAGACAGAGGGGAAAUUUAAGCUACCAGGCAUUAAGCUGCCAAACUUCAAGAUUGGGGAACCUAAGCAGAAAGGGCCUGACAUAAAUUUGGAUGCUAAGGUAAAAACACCAGACAUGGAUAUUGCAGCACCAAAGUUUAAAGGAGGCAUUCAUGGUCCUGAUAUAAAUGCCAAACUGCCUCAGGCUAACAUUAAAGCCCCAGACAUUAAAAUGCCAUCAAUUAAAAUGUCAGGAGAACAUGACAUCUCUGCUCCAGAUGUUGAUGCAAAUCUUAGAGCUCCAGACUUCAAGGGUGAUAUUGGCAUUUCUGCACCAAAGAUUCAGGGAGAUAUAAAAGGACCACAAUUUGAUGCAAGAACACCUGACAUUAAUAUUGAAAAACAAGAUGGAAAGUUCAAGCUGCCUUUUAGGCUACCAAUUUUUAAGGGUUCAGGACCCAAGUUCAGAGGGCCUGACUUGGAUUUGGAUGGUAAGGUGAAAACCCCAGACAUGGAUAUUUCAGGAGCAAAGAUAGAAGGAGGCAUAAAAGGUCCUGAUAUAAGUGCUAAACUGCCUCAGGCUAACAUUAAAGGUCCAAAUAUCAACAUGCCAUCAGUUAAUAUGUCAGGCAGUCAUAACAUUUCCGCUCCAGAUGUUGACUUAAAUCUGAAAGCUCCAAACUUUAAAGGUGAUGUUGACAUUUCUGCACCAAAGCUGCAGGGUGAUAUUAAGGGACCACAUAUUAAAGGACCACAACUUGAUCUAAAUUCACCUGAUAUUGAUGUUGAAAAAACAGGGGGGAAAUUCAAACUGCCUUUUAAGAUACCAAACAUCAAAAGUUCAGAGUCUAAGUUUAAAGGGCCUGAUUUGGAUUUGGAUGCUAAGAUGAAAACAGCAGACAUAGAUAUUUCAACACCAACGGUAGAUGGAGCCAUAACAGGUCCUGGUAUCAAUGCUAAACUGCCACAGGCUAACAUUAAAGGUCCAGACAUUAAAAUGCCAUCUAUUACUAUGUCUGGAGAUCAUAAUAUUUCUGCUCCAGAUGUUGAUUUAAACCUCAGAGCUCCAAACCUUAAGGAAGAUGUUGACCUGUCUGCACCAAAGAUGCAUGGAGAUAUUAAGGCACCAAAGUUGAAGGGACCAGAACUUGAUCUGAGUUCACCUGAUAUUGAUGGAAAAUUCAAGUUACCUUUUAAGCUGGCCACCUCUAAGGGAUCAGAACCAAAGCUUAAGGGGACUGACUUAUCUUUGGAUGCUAAAGUAAAGACACCAGACAUGGAUAUUUCAGUACCAAAGGUAGAGGGAAGUAUAAAAGGUCCCGAUAUAAAUACUAAACUGCCUCAGACUCACAUUAAAGGUCCAAAUGUCAAGGUGCCAUCAAUUAAUGUGUCAGGAGACCAUAACAUCUCUUCUCCAGAUGCUGACUUGAAUCUUAAAGCUCCAAACCUUAAAGGAGAUGUUGACAUUUCUGCACCAAAGUUUCAGGGAGAUCUUAAAGGACCACAAAUUGAUGUGAGAACACCUGACAUUGAUAUUGCAAAACCUGAUGGAAAGUUCAAGCUGCCUUUUAGGCUACCACAUUUUAAGGGAUCAGAACCUAAGCUCAAAGGGCCUGACUUGAAUUUGGAUGCUAAAGUGAAAACACCGGACAUAGAUAUUUCAGCUCCAAAGGUAGAGGGAGGCAUAGCAGGUCCUGAUAUAAAUACCAAGCUGCCUCAGGCUGACAUCAAAGGUCCAAAUACUAAAAUGCCAGCAAUCAAUAUGUCUCGAGAUCAUAACAUUUCUGCUCCAGAUAUUGACUUAAAUCUCAAAGCUCCAAAUCUCAAGGGUGGUGUUGACAUUUCUGGACCAAAUCUUCAAGAAGGUAUUAAGGGACCAAAUGUCAAGGGACCACAUUUCAAUAUGAACACACCAGAUGUUCACUUUGACAAGCCAGAUGGAAAAUUCAAGAUACCUGGAGUUGACUUGCCAAGCAUAAAAGGGGAUGGACUUAAACUCAGAUCACCUGAUCUUGAUGGGAAUACCAAGAUUAAAACACCAGACUUUGAUGUCUCAGUACCAAAGGUAGAGGGUGGUAUUAGAGGUUCUGAUAUAAAUGCCAAAUUGCCACAAGUAGACAUUAAAGGUUCCAAUAUCAAAAUGCCGCCAUCCCCUAAUAUUUCAGAUGGCUGGAAUAUUUCUUCUCCAGAUGUUGAUUUAAAUCUCAAAGCUCCAAACUUUAAAGGAGAUGUUGACAUUUCUGCACCAAAGCUGCAGGGAGAUAUCAAGGGAGCAAAUAUUAAGGGACCACAGCUUGAUCUGAGCACACCUGAUAUUAACCUUGAAAAAACAGAGGGAAAAUCCAAAAUGCCUUUUAGGAUGCCAAACUUUAAAGUUUCAGAGCCUAAACUCAAAGGGACUGAUUUUGAUUUGGAUGCCAGGUUAAAAACACCAGAUAUAGAUAUUUCAGCACCAAAGGUAGAAGGAGGGAUAAAAAGCCCUGAUAUCAGUGCUAAACUGCCUCAGCCUAACAUUAAAGGUCCCAAUAUCAAAAUGCCAUACAUUAAUAUGUCUGGAGAUCAUAACAUUUCUGCUCCAGAUGUUGAUGUGAAUCUUAAGGCUCCCAACCUUAAGGGAGAUGUUGACAUUUCUGCACCACAUCUGCAAAGUGAUAUUAAGGGACCACAUAUUGAUAUUAACACACCAAAUAUUAACCUUGAUAAAACAGGUGGGAAAUUCAAGCUGCCUGGAAUUAAGAUGCCAACUAUAAAGGGCCAGGAACCUACACUCAGAUCGCCUGAUAUAGAUCUGAAUGCUAAAGCCAAAGCUGCUCCAGAUAUUGAUAUGAAUCUCAAGGCUGCCAACCUUAAGGGAGAUGUUGACAUUUCUGCACCACAUUUGCAAAGCAAUAUUAAGGGACCACAUAUUGAUAUUAACACACCAGAUAUUAACCUUGAUAAAACAGGUGGGAAAUUCAAGCUGCCUGGAAUUAAGAUGCCAACUAUAAAGGGUGAGGAACCUACACUCAGAUCACCUGAUCUAGAUUUGAAUGCUAAAGUCAAAGCACCAAAUAUUGACAUUUCACUGCCAAAGGCAGAAGGAAGCUUUAAAGGUCCUGAUAUAAAUGCAAAACUGCCUCAGGCAAACCUUGAAGGUCCAAACAUCAGAAUACCACCAGUUCAUAUUUCAGGAGCCCAUAAUGUUUCUGUACCAGAUGCUGACUUAAAUCUCAAAGCUCCUAACCUUAAGGGAGAUGUUGACAUUUCUGCACCAAAUCUACGAGGAGAUAUGAAGGGUCCUCAACUUGAUAUGAACACACCUGGCAUUAACCUUGAAAAACCACAGGGAAAAUUCAGCCUGCCAGGAUUUAGGAUACCGACCUUUAAGAGUUUAGAGCCUAAUCUCAAAGGGCCUGAUGUGGAUUUGAAUGCUAAGGUAAAAGCACCAAGCGUUGAUAUUUCAGCACCUAAGGCAAGGGGAGGCAUUGAAGUUCCUGAUAUAAACAUGUCAGGAAACCAUAAAGUUUCUAUUCCAGAUGUUAAGUCCCCAACUAUUAAAGGUGAUGUUGAUAUUCCUUCCCCAAAGCUGCAAGUAGAUACUAAAGGACCUAAUAUUAAAGGACCAGCUGUUAAUGUUGACAGUCCUUCUGGGAAAGCAAAGACAUCCUGGUUUAGGAUGCCAUCUUUUGGAGGCAAAGCAAAAGUUCCUAGUGCAAAUAUUGAUGGAAACGUUGUUGUGACAGCCCCAUCUGUUAAAGAAGAUAUAAAAUUAAAGAAGGAUUUAAAUGCACCAAACAUGGACCUUGAUGUUCCUGAAGUAAAACCUAAGUCAAAAUUCAAAAUUCCUAAUUUUUUUUCUAAAAGUUCUACUCCAGAUGUCAGCUUAAAAGUGCCAAGUAACAAGGUUGACAACAGUUUAUCUAAUCCUAAAAUGAAGGUUGACAUCAAAAGUCCUAACAUUGGACUUGGUGCUCCUGAAAUUGACAUGAAUGCACCAAAUGUGGAUAUCUCGGGUACUGAAGUAAAAGCAAAGACAGGGAGAUUUCAACUGCCAUCUUUUGGUGCACCAAACAUAAAUACAGACACUGAUGUAAAAUUGCCAUCUGCAAAUAUAGCAUUGCCUGGUGCAGAUGCUAAGGGACAUAAGAUGAAUAUGCCAUCUGUAUCUACAUCUGGUCUUGAAUUGUCUGGGCCAAAGCCUGACCUUGGUCUAAAAUCCACAAAUGUAAAAGGUGACAUUAACAGUUCCAUCCCACAGACUGAUAUUUCAGGCCCUAGUUUGAAUGUUCAGCAUCCCACAUUUGAUGUUAAGUCCCCAAAGGUAGAUGCUGAAAUUUCAGAAGGAAAUAUCAAACUGCCAGCGUUGAAGACAUCUUCUCUUGCAUUUGGUGUGUUAGAUGAUGAUUUAAGAACAGAUAUCAGUGGGCCCAAGUUUACGAUGCCCUCCUUUAAUAAAUCACAAGUAAAAUCAUCACUUCCAAGUGCUGACAUAAACCUUAAUGCGCCAAAUAUCAAAGCUGGUGUAGAUGUAUCUGCUGCUAAAGUUGAUGCACCUGGAAUUAACAAUGGAAGCAGUUCUGGAAAAUUCUCACUUCCAAAGAUACCUAAUAUAGAAUUUACUCGCCCAAAGGGAAAGGGACUUGACAUUGAUUUAGAUACCCAUAUGAGUACACCCAGUAUAGAUGACCCAAAUAUUGAUAUAAAUUUGCCAAAGUCAGGUAUUAAAAGCCCACAUUUAAAUCUUUCAGGGUCAAACAUUGACUCUCCAAGUAUAGACUUGAACUUAAAAAGCUCCACUCACAAAGGUGAUGCUACACUAGCUGCACCUGAAAUAAAAGGGCCUAAAAUAGAUGCUUUCGGACGGGAUGUCAAUAUUGGUUUACCAGAUAUGAGCAUGGGGAGUCCAGAGAUGAAGAUGAAAUUUCCAGAAGUAAAAUUACCUUCAUCAGAUUUUUCUGGCCCUAAGGUUAAAAGGCCUGAUGUGAAUCUGGAUGGGAAUAUCAAAUCACCAAUUAUCGACAUGUCACUUCCAACAGUUAAAGGAGAAAUGAAAACACCUGAAAUAAAUAUGGGAUCCCAUAUGCCAGAUAUAGACUUAACUGUCCCUGAUGCAAAUGUAAGCUCUUCUGCUUCUUCUUCUAAGUUUAAACUUCCAAAAUUCUCAUCACCUAAAAUAUCAAUGCCUAAUAUUGAUUUUGGAAUGAAAAGCCCCAAAAUAAAAAAUGAUCCAGAUUUGCCAACACUUGAUAUCAAAGGGGGAUACAAAAGCCCUUCUUUAGAUGUUGGACAUUCAAAGUAUGAUAUUAAUGCCUCAGACGUUGACACUAAGGCUCCAGGUACGCAUCUAAAUGCAUCAACAUUCAAAGGUCCAGCAUUUGAUGUGUCAGGACACAGUGUGCCAAACAUCGACAUAGAUGGUAAUAUAAAUGCUCCUGAUAUUAAUUUGCCUAGAUCAACAAUAGACGGCAAUAUAAGUGCUCCAGAUGUGAAUGUGAAACUUCCUGAUUCAGACAACAAAGGACCCAAAUUUAAAAUGGCCACUUUUGACUUUUCUGGCUUGAAAUCUCCAAACCAGAUGUCAGCUUGAAGUCUCCAGAUCAUAAAAGCAAUAAGGGUAUUUCUUCUCGGAUAGGAGGGGAUGUUAAAGAGCCAAACGUUGAGAUCAGAAGUCCUAAUGUUCACAUCAGUACACCAAAUCUUGAUGUAAAAGAUCAAUUUGCAGGAUCAAAAGUUAAGAUGCCGUCCGAUGAUUUUUCUGGCCCUGUGUUAACAGGACCUGAAGUUGGAGUGGAUGUUCCCAGUGUAAAUAUAAAGGGAGACAUAAAAGCAGCUGAUAUACCAGAUGCACAGCUUCAAAGUUUAGGAGUAAAAGGCAAAGGACCUAAUGUUACAGUUUCUUCUAGUAAUUUUAACAUGAACCCAUAUGUGAAAGGUGAACAUGGAGUAACUGUGCCAAAUAUACAUGGCAAAUUCCCAAGCUUCAGUGAAGAUGGUAAUAUCCCAAAAGGUGAAGUUGGUACUAGUGACUUAAAUAUCGGUUCUAGUGGGGGCCCUGAAAAUUCAAAGAAAGGCAAGGGUACAUUUAAAGUAUCAAAGUCUGCAUCUGUAUCUGACCUUGAUAAUAUACCCCAAACAGAAUCUCCUGCUCCCCAGAAAUAUAACAGCAGUGUUGAUAUUGCUGACAGUGGAGAUAAGAAAUCCUUAUUUAAAUUUCCCAAAUUACCCACAUUAAGCAGCAAAAAUGACUCUGCUGCUGGUAAUGGUGAUGCCAAGUCAAAAUCUAGCUCUGCUGGAUUUCACUUUCCGAAUAUUGAGCUGUCAAUUUAAUUAGGUGUGAUUAUUCAUAUAUGUAUAAUGUUAACAUGCUCAGUAAAAACAGAAAACAGUAAAACGGACGUUUCAAACACCAAAACCUAAAGGUUUUAUUAUCCAGUAAGGUCUCAUAGUUCAAAUCGUAAUGUGUUUAAUGUGUAGAAAAUGUUUUCAUACGUUUUAGUAAAAGGUUAGUAAUGUAACAUUUAUGUAUACCGAAAAUGACUACUGUUUGGUUGGGAUAUUAUAGGAAUUUCAUGACUCAGACUCUGCAAGUUGUUCAGUUUUAGUUGAUUCGAGUUUUGAAAUCUGUUGCUGUUCUUAAAUGUAUUAACUUUUACUGAAUUGCACUGGGCAUUUCUCUUUAAAAUCCUUUUCCAAAAAUCAUUUGUUGAUGCCAGUUAAACACAGACAGCAAUAAGUUCAACUAUUCAGUAUACACUGCUUUAAAUACAUUUAUUUCAUUAUGCUAACUUGUGAAUGUUAUACUACAUAAAUGUAUUUGGCACACACAUCCAUUCCUAAACUGACUUUAUGUACUGUUUUACUGGAAGAAGGGCACCACCACUGACAUCAAUUUUUUGCACAGAAAAUGAAACAAAAAUGUUAAUUGCCACUGUUUCCAUAGUUAUGGUGCCUAUUAAAAGAAAGAAUUUCAAAAUGCAUGUUAUGUUUUGAUGGCUUUUAUUGCAUCAACAUGGUCAUCUGCCCAGACAGUGGUUCCACAGAAUGAUGCAAGCCAUCAGCAUUGGCUGGGAACUGAAGUGCUGGCUCACAAGGCAAGCAUAUGCAGUUGUCACUUGAUAAUUGUGAACAUUACCUGUUGAAUAUAUUCAAGUCUUUAUCAUACCUGUAUAACUGAAGUAUGACAAAGGAAUGAGAGUAUUCAAGGAAUCUGAAAAUUUUAAUAUGCCAAGAUUGUAUAUAUAUUUGUAAUUUGUUUCCUGGGACGUUUUAAUUGCUUGCAGUUCAUAUUUUGAAAUGAAAGCAAAAUCAUUUACAGCAGGCAAGUUGAAAGUUCCAUUCUUGGUUACCCAGAAUUUUUAGUUACAUUUGUGAAUGUUAUAUAUGUUAUGAUGCAGCUGUUAAUGACAUAAAUAUGGGUAAAGGACAUUCUAUGAUAUUUAUCUUUUAAAUGAAAAUAGACCUUUGUUUGGCACUGUAACAUAUGUUGGUUAUUAAAAUACUUUCUAGCUUUACUUCAGACCUCUAAAAAUGACCUGUUAGGAAGAUCAUCUUCGGACUCCAUAUUCUUCACUUAUUAAAUAACAAGCUAUUCGAUUUUAUUGUACUGCAGCAAAAUUGUAGUGGGAGUCAGGAUGAAAUUAGGGGUUUUAGUUUUAUUGUUCAAAAUAUGUUGUAUACAUUCUUCUAAUUUUUUUUUUUUGUAAAAAUACAUUAUGCAUGGCAAUAAACUGCAAAUAUAUGUUGAAUUUUGUAACAUUGGAUUUUUAACAUUUUAUUUUUUUCAGUACUACAAUAAUGUUUUAUAAAUUAUAAUAAAUCUUGCAGAUUUGUUGUGUAAAUAUGAAAUUGACUUCUUUCUUUCAGCAUUCACUUUUCAAUUUUAGAUAAAAUGUUGGUGUUAUUGUUCUUGUGGAUGUUCUCAAUAAAUAUCUUAUUUUAGACUAAAA